GAAAAAGAAAAGAAAAGAAAAGAAAAAGGUCUAUUAAUUUCACUCUACUUUGUGCGUCUGCACCUUUGUCUUCUUCCAUUGCUCUGCAACCGACAGAGUAAUAGAGGGACGACGAGGAGGAGAAGGAGAAGAGAUAUAAUCCUACUGCAGAACCCCCGUCGGUGGGACUCCUCUCUCUCUCUCUCUCUCUCUCUCUUUCUCUCUUUCUCUCUCGCCUUUGUUUUGAGGUCCGAUUCUUCUUCAAUGCUCACCUCUACAAACUUAUCUUCUUCUUCUUCUUCUUCUUCUUCUUCUUCUUCUUCUUUUGCCUUUUUAUCCUCUCUCUGCUUGCUUUGUUCCCACGGCAUACUUUUUCGCUUUCAUACGCUCUUCUAGGGAGGACAAAUAUCGAUUCCAUCUCGGUUUAGGGCUUAAUAUUUGUUGUUGUUUUUCUCCAUGUAUUGAUUUCUCGAGAGUUCUGGAGGACUUUAAAGGAACCCUAGCGUUCCUCCGAACGUGUUUUUUCUCCAUUUUUGUUCGUCGAUUUGGUUUCAAGUGGAAGAAGAAAAAGAAAAAAGGGGUUUAUAGCGUGAAUAUGAUUUGGUUGAUGAAAUUAUCGGGGCUUUUUUCCGCCGCAAUGGUCAUGAUUGUGCUUGCUCCGGCUUUACAAUCAUUUCCUCCGGCCGAAGCUAUUCGAUCCUCUCAUCUCGAUUUUUAUCUUCGUUUGCCUGUUGAUACUGCCUCUUCCAGAUCGUUGAAUAGAUUCUCUUUCCGAAAGGCAUCUACAUUUCGCAAUGCUGGUCAAUGUGGAGGCGGUGACUCGAGGUUUUCUGGGAAGUUUGGUGUGUGUGAUCCGAAUUUGGUACAUGUUGCCAUUACACUCGAUGUGGAGUACCUUCGUGGCUCAGUUGCGGCUGUCAAUUCGAUUCUUCGAAACUCGCUGUGUCCAGAGAGUGUUUUCUUUCAUUUCCUUGUUUCGGAUACCAGUCUUGAGGACUUCGUUCGAUCUACCUUCCCUCAGAUGAAUUUCAAAGUGUACUACUUUGAUCCGGAGAUUGUUAGGAAUCUGAUCUCCACUUCGGUGAGGCAAGCGCUGGAGCAGCCGCUUAAUUAUGCUAGAAAUUACUUGGCUGGGUUGCUCGAGUCUUGUGUGAAGAAGGUAAUUUACCUGGAUUCUGAUCUUAUUGUGGUGGAUGAUAUCCGGAAGCUAUGGACGACGAAUUUGGGUGAGUGGACAAUCGGGGCUCCUGAGUACUGUCAUGCCAAUUUCAGCAAGUAUUUCACAACACGUUUCUGGUCUGAUGAGAGAUUUUUCGGCACAUUUGCUGGAAGAAAGCCCUGUUACUUCAACACGGGCGUUAUGGUCAUAGACUUGGUUAAAUGGAGGAAUGGUGGGUAUACGGAGAAGAUUGAAUGGUGGAUGAAACUUCAGAAGAGUAAUCGCAUCUAUGAACUUGGGUCACUUCCCCCGUUCUUACUGGUUUUCGCCGGUAACGUGGCGACCAUCGAGCACCGGUGGAACCAGCAUGGUUUAGGAGGUGAUAAUGUCAGAGGCAGUUGCCGUGACCUCCACCCGGGUCCGACUAGCCUCUUGCAUUGGUCCGGCAGUGGGAAGCCAUGGUCGAGGUUGGACUCCAAAGAACCAUGUCCACUGGACGCUCUAUGGUCACCAUACGACUUGUACGGAUAUUCCGGGUGAUAUUUCAGAUCAUAUAUGAGGUCGCCGGUAAAUUUUCCCGCAGGACUUUUUUGACGCUUUUCUCGAUAAAAUUUUCAACUUUAGUCCUAUUUUUCGUUGUUUUUCCGUCUCUUUCCAGUUACUUUUGUGCUUCUUCUUCUAACUCCAUCUUCCAGGCGAUGUGUAUCCUAUUUUACUAUUUUUCCUGGGUCUGAAAAUAAAAAGGGAAAAAACGAGCUAUUCGAUUUGUUUGUACAGACUUUGUAUUCUUUUAUGAAUGGAUACUUGAUGGUGGUUUUCCAUGUAUUAAGAUUUUCGAUCAAGCGAUUCUAUUUGUUUCUCCCUUCCUAAGCUUUUGCUAUUCUGGAACAAUUAUAUUAUCAAGUGUAGCCAUCCUAUCCUUCACAUGGUGGUCUUGCCAAAAGUACUCAAGUUGUGGUUUAUCGACAAGGAAUUUCAUUGGCUGGUCGAACAUAGAUUAUUUGUUGCAAGCGUUCUGGCUCCAUUUAAACAACAUAUUUGGCUCUGGAGAACUCCUCUCCUUAUUGAAAGGCUUGCUCUAAAUGAAGAAGAUCGUUUGAUUAGAACCUAAUUGUAUCCCAAUGGGAUGGAAGUAUAUUUGGAUCCACGAUCUAAAGGAAUCUCUCUAACUUGUGGAGGAUAUGGAGAGGUAAUAGCUGUGUAUAAUUUUUUUCUUUUAUAAUAAAAAUUGUGGUAUUUCAAACUAGUUUGUGAAAUAAGAUUAUUUUAUGUCAAUUAGGUGAA